GUUCGCAAUUAGAAUUCAAAAAGGAAAGACGUGAAUCAAAAUUUUAAAUAUUUAUUGAAGUUGACUUAAUUUAAUCGAAAAUUAAGAAUGAAAAGUAUAACUGAAGUCGAGAAAAGUGCAAAUAGAAAAGCUCCUGAAUUUCCAAUAAAUGUGAAAAAUGUUUUUCCAAAGCACAGACAGCAAGUGUUGAAUGAAAAUGGAUGGGGAUUUCGUGAUUGCUAUUUUACUUUUGAUAAGGAUUGCCUUGUUUUUAAAGGUGAACGUUAUGAAAUGUGCAACAAGCCUUUGAAAAAUGCACGGACUUCAAUCUUGGAGCUUUUAAAUGCAGAUAUCACAAACUAUAAGCCAAUUAAAAAUCCUGAACACAAUGAGUGCGAUUAUCCUCCAAAAGUUGAAAAUAAAGUGUUUUGUGAAGAAUUGAAAAUAUUAAAAAUUGAAUAUUCUUUAAAUUUUGACGAUCGGUUCCUUCGCUGUAGAGGACAAGCACUUAAAGAUUUCUACAUUUUGAGAUAUGGAAGAUUUAAAAGAGUUCCUGAUAUUGUCGUCUUUCCAAAGUCUCAUGAAGAUGUUGUGACUGUUGUCGAAUUAGCUAACAAAUAUUGUGCAGUUUUGGUUCCAUACGGUGGAGGUACGAAUACAACAAUGAGUUUAAAUUACCUCAAAGAUGAUAACAGUAGGUUCUUUAUUUCACUUGAUACAACUCAAAUGAACCGAAUUUUGUGGUUUGAUAAAACAAGUAUGUUAGCAUGUAUGGAAGCAGGUAUUGCGGGACAAGAUCUAGAAGAUGCUCUUCAAAAACAUGGAUUAACACUUGGACAUGAUCCAGAUUCGAUUGAGUUAUCUACGUUAGGUGGAUGGGUUGCAACGAGAUCAGCAGGAAUGAAGCAACGAAAGUAUGGCAACAUUGAAGACAUGGUUAAGAAGAUAACGCUUGUAACUAGUGUUGGUGUGCUGGAGAAGAACUUUUUGGUUCCACGUGCUAGUAUCGGACCAGACUUUGACUUUAUCGCAUUAGGAUCAGAAGGCACUCUUGGUGUCAUUACAAAAGCUGUUGUUAAAGUUAAUCCUAAGCCUGCAUGCAAAAGAUAUGGCAGUAUGGUGUUUCCAAACUUUGAAAUGGGUGUUAACUUUAUGUAUGAAGUAAGCAAACUUACUGUGAAGCCAACCUCACUUAGACUUGUUGACAACAUUCAUUUUCGUCUUGGAUUUGCUUUUCAACAUAAUCGAAAUUUUAUUGGAAAGGCUGUGGAUUUUAUAAAGCUUUAUGGAAGUCAAAUUCUUUAUAGAUUGGAUUUUAAAAAAUUGUCAAUGACAACUUACUUAAUUGAAGGAGAAAAGGAUGAAGUCGAUGAAAUAGAAUCACAAAUGAAGAGUUGUGGAUCAAUGCACGGAGGAAUUUUUGGUGGUUCUAAAUAUGCAGAACGAGCUUUUCAAUUAACAAUGACAAAUUGCUAUUUACGAGACUUAUUUUUCGAUUUGGGCUUUCUCUUUGAUUCCAUUGAGCCAUCGAUUGUUUGGGAAAAAUGUUGGCCAAUGAUAAAAGCAAUUGAGAAAGCAUGGAAAGAUGAAAUGGACAAGCGAAAGCUUUUAAAUGCUCUUGCAUUCAGAAUAUCGCAAGUAUACGACAAUGGAGCUUGUGUCUAUUUCUAUUAUGGCAUUGGACCUACAACAGAUCGAGAUCAAUUUGAAGUUUUCGACGAAUUAACAGACGUUUUGCGAGUUGUGAUAUUAAAUCAUGGUGGCUGCUUGUCUCAUCAUCACGGGAUCGGAAAAAAAAGCUUGAAAUAUUAUCCACAAGCUGUCUCAAGCGUAGGAAUAAAUGUUUUUAAUUCCAUAAAGAAAGAGCUCGAUCCACAGAAUAUUUUUGAUGUUGGGAAUUUCACAAUAGAUCAGAACAAGUCCAAAAUAUGAAGGAAUCUAAAAAAAUGUAAAUUGUGUUUACUACAAUAGAUGAUAAAUCAAGCACGUGGCUCUUGUAUCUUUCCUAAUACUUUAUAUAUUAACUUAGGUCAUGGAUAAAAUGGAUAAAAUAUAAACGAGAUUUCAAAAAUAUUUUCUUAAUACUUAUCCGGUGUAUCUGAGAUGC